AUGAUAAACGACAGCAUGUCUGUUGACCUAUCAUCCUCGGAAGAAGGCCUAAAAUGGGAUGAAAUUACAAUAGUGGUUUUGAAAUCAUGCGUACUGAUGGUGAUCAUUUGUGCUGCUAUUUUCGGAAAUACCCUUAUCAUAGUUAGUGUGCUGAGGCAUCACAAAUUAAGAAUUACCACAAACUAUUUUAUUGUGUCUCUCGCGUGUGCAGACAUCUUAGUGGCCGUGUUUGCUAUGACCUUCAAUGCUUUACAUACUGUAUCAGGAAAGUGGUUGUUUAAUCAAGCAACCUGCGAUUUUUGGAAUAGUUGCGAUGUUCUUUUUUCAACAGCUUCUAUUAUGCAUCUGUGUUGUAUAAGCGUUGACCGCUAUUAUGCCAUUGUUAAACCGUUUGAAUAUCCUAAUAAGAUUACUAGCAGAACUGUAGCAAUUAUGCUAACGUGCGUCUGGGUUUCUGCUGGACUAAUAAGCUUCAUACCUAUCUUCCUAGGUUGGUACACUACAAAUGAGCACUUGCUCGAACGCUCUCAGAAUCCGGAUGUUUGUGAUUUUAAGGUUAACAAGCCGUAUGCUCUCAUUUCUUCCUCCGUUUCUUUUUGGGUGCCAUGCGUCAUAAUGAUCGGAGCCUAUAUCAGAAUCUUCUUUGAGGCAACCAAACAAGAGAAAAUGAUCUGCAAGUCUCAAAUUAGCGCUGCAAUUCCUCAAUAUCCUCGCAAUAGCACCGACACGACGGCCCAGAUGGUGGUGCACGCAACCAACCACCAUCGCAACUCUCACGUGGAGGACGACCACUCUACACCAACAAAGAGGAACAUCAACAAGAUGAAGAGAGAACACAAGGCCGCCAAAACUUUGGGAAUCAUCAUGGGAGCUUUUAUCUUCUGUUGGCUCCCGUUCUUCAUCUGGUAUGUAACGGUACAUCUUUGCGAAGAUUGCGAAUGCCCAGAUAUUAUUGUCCAGAUCCUGUUCUGGAUCGGGUAUUUCAACUCAUCGCUCAACCCGAUCAUAUACGCCUAUUUCAACCGGGAUUUCAGGGAGGCGUUUAAGGAUACCAUCAUGACAUACUUCUGUUGCUGCUCGAAGUGUUUUAAUCGAGAGGACACUCACAGGAGUACCACUAUUCAUUUCAACUGCACCUACCGUUCUACACAAGACAUUGGACUUGUUGAAAACAAGUACGUCAGGGACAUCUAAAAGGAGACAGCUCAGUAUCUUCUGAACUUGUUUUCCUUUUGAAAAUAUUUGAAGGGCAGUCUGAUGGUUAUAAAGUUAAUUUUGUAGAGAAAAGAAGAAAUUGAAAAGUACAAUAAUGUGACUUUCACCAUUCCGUAAAUUUUGUAUGUUUU